GCGAGACUUUCUUUACGGUGCCGACGUCUGUACUUCGCGUCGCGUUUGGCGAGGUACCGCGUUUUGUAUCCGGCAAAAUUUACAGAAAUCCGUCGGAUUUCUAGCUAGGAAGAUGGUUCAGAAAAAGCCGAAGAAGAAGGUUGGGAAGAAGGUAGCUGCCGCGCCGUUGGCAGUUAAGAAGGUUGAACCGAAGAAAGUGACCAAUCCACUCUUCGAAAAACGGACACGCAACUUUGGCAUUGGUCAGGAUAUUCAGCCGGCUCGUGAUCUCAGCCGCUUUGUAAGAUGGCCGAAGUACAUUCGCAUCCAGCGCCAAAGGUCUGUGUUGCAGAAGAGGUUGAAAGUGCCACCGACGAUAAAUCAAUUUACUCAAACAUUGGAUAAACAAACCGCUACACAGUUAUUCAAGGUAUUGGAAAAGUAUCGUCCGGAAUCAGCAGCCAUGAAGAAGGCAAGGUUGAAGGCGAGAGCCGAGCAGAAGAUCGCGAAGAAGGAAGACACGCCGACGAAGAAACCAAACGUCAUUCGCAGCGGAACCAAUACGGUGACCACGCUGGUGGAGCAGAAGAAAGCUCAGCUGGUCGUUAUAGCUCACGAUGUUGAUCCUAUUGAGAUCGUAUUAUUCCUUCCUGCCUUGUGCCGCAAGAUGGGCGUACCAUACUGUAUUGUUAAAGGCAAGGCACGUUUGGGACGUCUGGUUCGACGUAAGACUUGCUCAGCAGUUGCUCUUACUCAGGUGGAUUCUGGCGAUAGAGCCAACUUCGCAAAGAUUGUCGAAGCCAUUAAGACGAACUUCAAUGAUCGAUAUGACGAAAUCAGGCGUCACUGGGGUGGUGGUUUACUGGGAAGCAAAUCUGCGGCCAGGAUAGCGAAAUUAGAAAAAGCUAAGGCCAAGGAACUGGCACAGAAACAAGGUUAACAUUAUUGCCCGUCAUUUACAGGUUACAUAAAAAAAUAAAGGAUGAAAUACAUCUGG